AGAGAUCAUUGUCUACUCAUUUUCAAUUCAUAACUUCUUCAAAAUGAAUACGAUACGAUCUACUUGGUACGGAUGGGGCGCUCUUUGUGUCGCCGGCGGAGGUGCCUACUACUUCGCCAAAAAAUCCGUCAACGCCGAUCGCGCGGCCCGAUAUGAAGCCGAUAUGAAGCGCAAAGCCGAAUUAGCCAAAAUGGAAGCCCAAGAUCGUCGUCGAGCGCAAGAAAUACGGAAACCCACAGAUGAUCCGUCAUUACAACGUGCAAAUGCCAAUUCGGUCUCAUACACCGCGAGAGAUGAUGUAGCUUCGCCUAGCAGGGAAGCUGGCCAGGAUCCGGCUCCCACUCGACAUGAACCAGAGACUGAUGAGCAAGGAUUACUCGAGAAGUCGAAAUAUGAAGCUACACAACCCUUCCGACCGCCACGGGGGAAUCGGUUCAGUUGAGCUGGAUUCAACCUGGUUCUUGUACCGAUGUAUUAUAUAGACUGGAAAAUGGAAAAAAAACUUGGUUUUGAUAAGGACGGCUAACUCAGUAUGGCUAUUUGUGGUUGGUGGACGUAAUCAUUGCAUACGCCUGCAUACGCCUGCAUAUGCCUACACACGGUUUAUCAACACAGGGGAAAUCCAUUGCUACCUCAUUUAUCUUUGUCUAGAAGCAGUGUGUAAGUCAACUAAGUCGAUUCAGAAUUAACUAGUCAAAUGCAAUGUGGAGCCAAAACGGCAAGCCCAUAUCAAACGCCAGUCCCGUGCCCUAAAGAUGAUCCUCCCUGAUAUGCAAAUAUAAUAAUGCUAUAUAUCGUAGUGAUAUUUUGCGAGAAAAGAAAGCAAAUGCGACGAGCGGUAGAUGUGUAUUCGUUUCGAGACGGCUCAGUUGCAACUGUUCUCGUUGAUGCAAGCAAUCAAGUCCUGUGGUACCGUGAUGCCGUUGAUUCUGCCGGUUGGCCGUGUCGUAACUCAAGAUGGGUAUUGUAUGGUAUAAUGAAAGUGAAAAUUAAAGAAAAAAAAAAUCGGGUAUUAAGUCGUAAUAUGAAAGGCUUAAAGGGUAGUCAAGUUGAUCUAUCGUGCAUG